AUGGCUGCAAGUUGUGUUCGAGUUGACCCACCGUUUGUAGAGUUCAGAGAUGUGAAAGUCGGCAAGGUUUACAGGACAUCCGUCACGGUAACAAACAUUGGCAAAACCUCAAGGAAAAUCAUUAUUGAGAAGCCUGCGCGGAAGUUGUUCAAGUUCACAACAUUGAGCCGAGAUGCGACUGUUGCCUCAGGUCUGUAUGUCUGGGGCAUGCUGGAGUUCACCCCUAAAGUCGAAGAGGAGGUCAGGGACUUCAUUCAGAUUCUUAUAGAUGAUGUGGAGACCAUUCAAGUUCCAGUGCUAGGCUUACCCAGGGUCUGCUCUCUUGUAAUGGACUCUGCAGUAGACUUUGGCUGUGUUAUUGCCAGUAGUCAAGUGAUCAGCAAACGUCACCCCAUCACAAAUCAAGGAUCAGCACCUGGCGUCUUCCAAGUUGAGCAUAGUUCGGGAGACUCUUCACUCAGCCUCUCACCGUCCAGUGGAGUCGUUGCCGCUGGCUCUACUCAGUGGCUGAAAGUGGAACUGCGCACAGAUAGACCAAGGAAAAUUGAAGAGAAAGCUCUUGUGAGGCUCCAGAAUCAUUCCACUGUAGCUCUAAAUGUCACAGCCGAGGUGGUAAAUCAGUGUCUGGAGGUUGCUGACAUCAAGGGAACUCCAUUGUCGUGUCUGUGGUUCGGGCCUGUCUACUUUGGGACAUCCAUCGUGGAGAAAAUGGUUAUAAAAAACAAUGCCCCCCAAGCAUGUGACUGGGUAUGCCUCAUCAAGGAUAAUGCUGCGGGAACUGAAGUGGGAGCUGACCUCCUGAAGAGCACAGAUGCAGCCCUAGCAGAGAGAAUGAAGAAGCACGGCUCAGCCACACAUGACAUCUCUCAGGUUUUUGUUUGUGAGCCUAAACAAGGUCGAUUGGGUCCAUAUGACAAAACAACAGUGGAUAUACGCUUCAGUCCGAUUUGCAACAGGAGGAUUGACAGCGAUAACUCAGUGAAUCGGCAGGACUAUUGUGUUUUCUUUUUGUUUGACUCUGUGGGGUCCAAGCAUGGCUUUACUCACCGCAAUGCCAACAGCAGCGUGGAGGUGGCGGUGACGGGCUCCGGUCUCCCUGUGUCAUUGGUGGUCAGUCCCUCCCAUCAAUUCGAUUUCCCCAGCUGCGUAACAGGCCAACGUGCGGAUCUCCUGUGCGUGCUCCAGAACUGCUGUCCUCAGCUUCCCGUCAGUUUCCGCUUCCGCAAAAUUGCGCACUUUACUGCCCAGCCCUUUGCAGCAACCAUCCCUCCUGGACAAAGUCAGGAUGUCGUUUUGACAUUCACUCCAGCUCAACUGGGGAGCUUCCGGGUGCGUCAAAAGAUAGACGUCUUAGGUUGUGUUGCUCUGCGGAGAGAUGCCAACACCGCUGAGGACAUAACUGAACUCGGGGUUUGCAGCUUCCACACUGUCAAGCUUUUGUUGUUCGCCAUCUGCCAAAGUGAGACGAAAUGCCCCCCGCUUAAUCUAAAUCCUGGAAUAAGCAAUCCAUUUGGAUUCCGACCUCAUAUUCGGUGUAGUGAAUUGGCGCGUUAUUCUGGAUUGGUGCGUGCUGCCGUGCUUGGUGCCGAUAAAACACAACUCCACAAACACAGAAGAUCGAGGAGUCAAAACCCAGUAGGAGAGGAGUUCCUGGCCUUUCCCAAUGAUAGAGCCUCCAGCCACCGGCCAUCGUCACCACACAGAGAGUAUAGGACCAUCUUUACUGAUGUGCCUCGUUAUCGAUAUGUGGACGGCAGCUACGCUUUCACUGAGGAAGAGGAAAAGCGGAGACAGCAACAUCGCCAGAUUUACACAGACUUUUUCCAACAGCUUGGACAAACACGACUCAAGAGGAUAAAGGAGAGAGAAGAAGAAAUCUCUGAAAAUGAUGUCGACAUAGGGAUUGUUCCCGCUCAUGGGCUCGUUCCUCCUGCUCUUCACAUCAGUGACCUGGAGAAGUGUAGGAAUGGCAGUGGGUUCUCAGAUUCGCAGGUGAUGAAUGCAGUUCCUUCCACCACUCAAGAGGAGGCAGACUGUAACAGGACUCUGACUGCCCAGGAGCUCUAUCAAGUUGACAUAGGCAAGUCUGUUAUUCUGAUCAUUCCGUCCUUUGUGGACUUGGGCGUUGUCUGCGUGCAGCGGGGGCACGUUCAAACGCUGAUGCUCGUCAAUCGUCUCUCGUUCCACAUCUGGGUACAGCUGGAGGCAGACUGCCCCGAGCUGCAGGGCUCCUCACCUGUCUCGCACAUCCUGCCUCCUUGCUCUCGCAAAUCCUUGUCCCUGACAUUUCAGAGUGACAAACUGGGCUCUUUUUACAGAGGUUGUCCCCUCGGCUCUGGAGCUGUCUACCAACCUGCUGGUGCUCCAUCCUACCCCAGCCAUGUUUUGUGGAUCAGGAUACAGGAAUUCGUAGAGCCAUACAGGGAGUUGGACUGUGAGGUGGUGUGGCAUCCUUCUUUCUCUUCCCCUACGGAGGGAGACUUUGACCUCUGUGUCCAUGAUGGCGUCACACAACGCUUGCAUUGUGUUGCCAAG